CCGUACUUGUGUUGACACUUUGGAGCCGAGACAGCCUCCGGGACCCACACGGGCCUACCUUUUUCACAUUUACGUUGUGUAAAGACACCGAAUUAAAGAGGAGGAGCGCCUGAUCAUUUCUUAUGCGACCGCGGGAUGUUGCGGACCGUAUGCGGACUGCGUGACGGGAGGAUACGGUGUCGAGGUUGAGCGGACGUUUUCACAGGUUGAUGAUCUGCAUUUGGCACCGAGCAGGGGAGCCAACAAAAGUAAAUACAUAGUGUCAGUCUUUAUAGGCUGUUCCUAGAAAACACAGGCUCACAUUAAAAAGGAGAAAUAGGCGGUGCCUGCUAAUUCCUGGAAAAAGACAUACCUCCGGCCAGAAUGACACAUUUAACAUCUGCAGGUUGGAGUUUAACCGCUGAAGUUGACGCUCAGACCUGGGCUACAUGCAGCGUGUAAGGCUUGUCUGUCAGUAAAGGACCGUCUGUCUUACACAUUUUGACAGAUAGCCAAUCAAAUUUGUUUCUCAAAUCGGUGCUCUUAUGUCAGUGACCUAUAUCUCAUGCAUGUGCGCCAAGAGCCCACAGUAACCUCACCAUCGGACCAGACUGCAUGGGGAUCAACGGGGUAGAUAAUCAACCACAGCCGUCCAGCGGAGCCUGCCGGACGGAGCAGCCGGCUGCAGAUCCCCAGAUGGAGCAGAGAGAUGCUCCCCAUGAAGCAGACAGGAGCAAGGAUGAUCAGGCAGCGGGCAGCGAGAGCAAAAUCGUGCAGGAGGACAGCACCGUGCAGCUGAUCGAGGCCGGGUGCAAGCCGCCCUCUGAUUCCGAGGCGAGGGUUCAGGUGAAGCAGCACGGCGACGGUGCCGGAUUCGUCCCACCCGAAGGAGGUUUCGGCUGGCUGGUGGUUCUCGCUGCAACCUGGUGCAAUGGGUCGAUCUUCGGGAUUCAAAACUCUUUCGGCAUCCUGCAUUUGAUGCUUGCACAGGAGCAUGCAGAUCCAAGAGACAAGACGACUCAGUUCAAAGUGGCCUGGGUCGGGGCCCUGGCCAUGGGCAUGAUCUUCCUUUGCUCACCUGUGGUCAGCAUGUUCACCGACCGUUUUGGCUGUAGGAAGACGGCUGUCAGCGGGGCGUUGCUGGCUUUUAUAGGGUUGCUCAGUACAUCCUUUGCAAACUCCCUAGGCCUUCGUUAUUUCACAUAUGGCAUAUUGUUCGGCUGUGGCUCUUCCUUCGCCUUCCAGCCCUCAUUGGUCAUCCUCGGCCACUACUUCCGCCAGCGCCUUGGCCUGGCCAAUGGCUUGGUCACAGCCGGUGCCAGCCUAUUCUCUAUGGGCCUCCCGGUUUUGCUCGACAAGGUGGUGAAACCUCUGGGCCUCAGCAGGACCUUUCAGAUCCUAAGCCUCUUCAUGCUGGUCCAGGCCCUGCUGGCGUUGACGUUCAAACCUUUACUGCCUGCUGGAGGAGGCAUGGGACCACCGGGUAUGGGUCCUGACCCUACUGGAUCUCAAACCCAGUCGGGAGCUACCGAUCAGGGUGGGACCAGGUGGAGUAGAGUUCUGGUUGGGCUCAGGAAAUACUUCAACCUGCGUGUGUUUCACAAUGUGACAUACCGGGUGUGGGCGUUUGGAGUAGCUACAGCUGUAUUGGGCUACUUUGUGCCAUAUAUCCAUCUGAUAAACUUUGUGAAGACAAAGUUCAAGGACACCCAGAAGGAAUGGGUGCUCUUGGUGUGCAUCGGAGCUUCAUCCGGGGUGGGACGCCUUGCUUUCGGUAAGAUUGGUGACCUCAUUCCUGGUCUACAAAAGGUCUACAUGCAGGUGGUGUCCUUCAUGGCUCUGGGCCUGAUGUCCAUCAUGAUUCCUCAGUGCUCGGUGUUCGAGGGGCUGGUGGUUGUGUGUGUGUUCCUGGGGCUGUGUGACGGCUGCUUCCUCACCAUAAUGGCUCCCAUAGCGUUCGAGCUAGUUGGGCCCAUGCAAGCCUCGCAGGCCAUAGGCUACCUUCUAGGCCUCAUGGCUCUUCCCAUGACAGCAGGUCCCCCCAUCGCUGGUCUCCUACAUGAUUACUUUGGGAACUACACAGUGGCCUUCUCCCUGGCUGGGGUGCCUCCUAUCGUGGGGGGCGUGGUGCUCUUCUUUGUGCCCCUGAUACACUCCCGGCUCCAGCGAGGCCAGGCAGCAGCUUCACCGGAUGACACAUCCACGACUGCUCACAUGUUGCCCUCUGCGCCACUAGCGGAGGAGCCCAAGAGCUGCUCCAAUGGAGACAUCCUCCCUGGCUACACUGACGUAGAGACACACAUCUGAGUCGCACCGUACAAAGGGAUUCAGCCCACCAGCACCUUUUCUCAUCCUUAGAUUGCCCUCCUCCCAACCAGAGCUCUCUUGUUGGCUGACCUUUAGCCCCUCCUGGCCCUCAUUGGCUGUUUGUUAUUUUCUUGUGGAGAGAAUUCGAAUAGGGCACUCUGGCUGCAAGCCGCAGAGAGGACAAAAAGCAGGCACAUCGGGAUAGGAUGAUGGAAAUGUUUAAGGAGGAUAAGCACAACACAGUCUCAACUACGAUUGUUUUCAUCAGUGGGGACUCUGUAGUAACACAUACCUCCGAGAGAGAAGAAAUUAAGAGAUUUUAAUGGGAUUUUCUGAUUUCACAGCACUUAUGACUAUAGAUAUAUAUUCAUAUUUAUGCUCAUAGUCAUAAAUAUAGUCAUAUCUAUGACUAAAAAUGACUAUGCUUUGUUUAUAGAUUCCAUAUAAACACAUUGUUAAGAUAAAGUGGCAUAUAAAAUAAGAACUAGUUAAGGGAUGAAUUCAUAGAUUUCUUUAUGUAGUACCUCAUGCAUCUAAUUUUUUUCAAGCAUUUUACUUAGUUUGUGUAGCGGAAACACAAGCUCAUUUUGAGAGAUUUGCAGGUUUGCUUUAAUCUAUUCUACAGUUUUCUGCUGUGACAGCUACAAGAGAAACAUACGGAUCUGUUGUAAAUGUCACUGGAGAGAGAUCAGCCACCAGACGCAAUCACCUCAACUCAACCGCACACUGUACCACACUGCACUCACAGCCAGGGUCUAAAAACUUAGCGAAAUGACUUCAGCUACUCUACCAGCCUGCCUGCAUGGGAGACAGAUGUGUGAUUGUGGCAGCUGUUGAUUCCACUGAUUAACAAUGCCGUGAACCCGAGAGUGUUCGUUUUUCUCUUCACAGUUUUAAUAUAGGUCAGUGACUUUGCAUCAUUAACUUAUGCAGUCAAAGUUUAAAGAGGUGAGCAGAGAGAGCUGUGCAUCUCCUGCCCGAAUCACCGAAACUAAUCUCUACAGUUGAUGCAAGGUCCUCACAUGAGUCAGCCUUAACUUUCAGCUUUUUGUUUUUUUUUUUCCAAGAAUUGAAUUCUAUAGUUUUUAUUGUCCUGUUUUAGCAGGGUGCUGAACAAAUCUGCAUAAACUAUUAUGUUAUGACUUUGAGAAAUAAUUCACCAAUAGUUUUGUGGUGUGCACACCGUAUACCUGUUUAAGUGGAAAGAGAAAGAGAGAGAGAGAUUCACGGCUAUUGGGAGCAUAGAUUUUUCUCAUAUUAUCAAAAGUUAAGUUUUCCUCUGUGUGGAUGUGUGUGUGUGUGUGUGUGUGUGUGUGUGUGUGUGUGUGUGUGUGCAGCACCUGCGCAACUGCAUUUGGAUAGUAGAGGCAGUUAUGUAAUAUGAAAUUAUUAUGUUGCAAUCUGUUGAUAAUAGGGGACUACUGAAAGUAAAACUGCCAAAUGGCCAGAGCCCUCGUCAGGCCAUCUCACAGAUAAAUCAGUUUAGUUCAGUCUCGUCAUGAGGGCCUCACUCACUGUGUUAGCAUUAAUGAAGCAAAACGUCGCAGCCUCGUUGAGAUAUUCCCUCAAGAGGACAGUGACUGUUAGAUUUCAUAAACAUUUGGACCACUUACCUCUGCACUCUUAGAUUACAGGUUCUCCUGAACAAUGAACUUUAAUGAACAGAUGUGAAGAGCUGCAAUAAUAGAGUUUGAGUUACACUCUAUGGUUAUAUACAGUACAUAACAGAAUAGCAUCGGGGGGAACUGGGAAAAGGAAAUGCCCUGGUGUUAAGGUGGUAUGCCUUUCUAACAAUUCCCCUCGUUGCUUUCACUGCCAUUACUCAGUCGGCUUCUUUGUUACAACACUUUAGGGACUAAAAGCUACACAAACCUCACUGCUGAGUGUAGUUUUUUAGGGGGUUAAUGCUACAGGAAAAAACAGUUCUGAAUAGGAAACAUACACCUAUACCUCAGUAAUCAAUCAAUCCUCAGCAGUUUAGUUGAACACGUUGACAUUCUUCAUUAACUUUGUAAUUUCACUGCCCUGUGUAGUGGUUUGUUGUUGCAGUCUGAAUCUCACACCACAAAGUUGCCAAACACCAGUUUUCAAUGAACCCUGCUUCCUCUCAAAACUCAUUAUUGUCUGUUUAAGUACCACAAAACAGUGGACAUUUCACACUUCCAUUCCCCAUGAUCAGCUGGUGCAUAGUAUAUUUAGAAAUUUAUUCUUCCUCCUUUUUUUUGCCUUUAUAUCCAUUCGCUCUGUUGUGUUUGAUCCUCAUCAUUCCUGCCCUCUGUUACUUCUUCCUACAAAAGUGCGAGUGGUCGUUACUGUAGCUUCUCCUCAUCACAGCCUGUUUUCCAUGUCUGUGAAUGAAAAAUACAGAUAUUUAAAUGUCUAAUACUCUUAACUAAAGUUAUAGGAGUCACAUAACCAUGGAAUGGAGAUAUAUAUGAUGGUUAAAAAUGUAAAGUAUGUUUGAAAGCAAAAACAUAGGCCUCUAAUUUGACUGAGGCAGUGUUGAAUUCUAUUGACAGUUGUUGCAGCUGCUAUUAAAAGACAAAAAAAGGUCGGGGUAAUUAAAAAUUAUGGGCAGUGUGAGCUGUCCAUGUACCAGCUAUAUAAGCUAACCAAUACCAUCACAAUUGUCAUCACAAAACAUAACAGAUCACAUCAACCUGAACAUAAAGCUCCAGCACAGUAAUAUGAUUAAAAACAGUCCAAUUAAAUCUUCAAAAUCUUCAUCACUUAUGAAUAACUCAUUUACAGUUUUCAAUUUGCUUUAUUUAACAAUCAUUGUCUUCUUGCCUAGUAAAUAAUGGGUAGCUGUGAAAUUUGUUGUAGAUUUUAUUUUUGUAUUAUGGAGGUUGCAGGAGAUUCUUUUAUAAAACUGCAGAACUACAUGAAACAUCAGUAACCCAUCGCCCUAAUGGCUGAAUUUUUUUAAGCUGAUGACUGCAUCCACCUUCAAUCGAAAGAUGAUAAUAGAUUAAUAGGUAACAUUUGAUAUGUAAGUUGAUAUUCUGCUGGUUUGCACAGCACUAAUAUAAAAUUCUGUUACUGCCCCAGUGAAAGUGCAGUGUUGGGUGUUACUGACAAGUUGCACUAGUUUGCUGCUGCUAAACUAGAGGCCUAUGUCAUUAAAGUCUCAGAAUCUUGCAAAUGAAUGAGUGAAUGAAAAGUCCACAGAGGAUUUUCCCUCUGGCAGCCAUAUUGGAGGACUUCAGCCUUUUGGUUAACAACAGCUCCAAAAGGCUGAUUGUGUUUCUAUGCACGAAACGUGUUGGUCUCAACAAAAUUGACUAGAAUUGUUUAAUUUUUUUUGACUGUGAACUGAUAUUUUCUUUCUAUAUUUUUGUGUUGAAUAUGUCGUCAGCUUGUUAGCUAGCAGCUUACUGUUGUUUUCUACAACACAUUUUUGAAGAAAGACUAAAUAGCAAGGCAUUUGAGUCACAGCAGUAACCUCAAUAUAGAAAAGUAAACAAAUCUGCCUUACAGUUACUGAACAGAUACACCAGAACCACAACUUGUUGCCAGAUUUGAGACACAAAUGCAACGUCUAUACAGUGAAUUUUUCAGAUCUUAAUGUGACUUUUUACUCAUUAUUUUCAUUUUUUGCUUUCAGUAUAGUCAUUAUCGGUCCUGGAUGUUUCUAAACAGCAUCCUUACACAAUUUCACCUUAGUCAAUCUCACCCAGAUUCUGGUCAGAACCAGCUGAGUGCGCCUUUUUAUUAGCCUACUGCAGAUUCAAACAGUAAAAUGACAUUUAUCAGCAUAUGUACUUUAUAUACUUUGCAUUACUUUGUAAUGGUUUCUAAUUAACCAUAAACUGUUUUAUUGUUUCUUUAAUUAUUGAUUUGUUUUAGUGAUUCAAUGACUACUGGAAAAAGAAGAACUGUUGAGUUACUUCAGAUUUAAAAUAAUAUAUAAAAGUGAAGGAGUUGAAUGCAUGAAGAAUGAUACAAUACAUCUGAAUGGUGUGCAUGGUGUCUGCUCAACCAGUGUUUGGCUUGCCAAAGUCUUCUCGUCUAUGCAGCAUUCCUGGGCUCACGGUCCACUUCCUGUGACCGCUUCACUUUCUGAAGUCUGAACAUGUCAAACUGUAAAUGAUGAAUGUUUACUUGGACUCUGAGUUUGCAUUUGUCUCCUGUAGCGCUCAGAGCUGUAGCCUGCAGUAGUUUGAGGAACAGUUAAACUUACAGUAGAGCCCCCUUGUAUGUUACCUAAACUAUAUACUACUAACAUUACAUUUGUUUUACUUAUUGUUUUUAAGACUUUGUUUUUUUUUAUAAUUAAAAAGUUUUUGAGCUGUUGUUUUCCCUGGCAGUCAAAAUCAUGAAAACUUCAUCUUUUCUUCUUCUAUGUUUGCUUUUUUUCAUCUCUUGGUGCCUGUCUGGGGCAUACACGAUGCGGGUCAGAGCUACAGAGAGGCACAUUUGGCACACUAGGCAGCAGGACAGGCUUAGAAAGUGGCAAUGGACAAGACAAUGUUUUUGCUGUAACGUAUCAUUUUGAUGCAAAUGUUGAUUGCACAAUGUAAUGGCUAUGAAAUAAUGACACCAUCUCUGUGUAGGUUGAUUCUGUAUAAGCCUGUAUAGCUUAGCCACAGGGUUUGAAAUCUCCCAGAAGGGAGGUACGUCUGCCAUUGCGCAACCAAAACAGGAAAAGAAUACAGCUUUCAUUUAGCAUUCACUUAAAUUUCCUGCUGAUAUCUUUUGUUCAGUUACCAGAAAACACAACCUGGCCUCUCAUUCUCACUUCAUUAGACUUUCCUCUGGCAGACAAAAAAAAAUUGGACUUCUUACUACUUGUUCUUCUGCUCUCCUAUAUGUGCCAUUUUGCCACUCCUUUGACCUCAAUCUCCACUUAACGGUUUAACUGCUGUACUUUCCCUCAGCCUGGAACCAGUCAAACAAUACGUGAAACAGGAUAGCUGAAGGUCUAUAUAUUAUGAAGCUGAGACAUGAUUUGCAAAAAGUCAACACCUCAAAGAAUGCUGUGAACCGCUUCCAGCCAGAAUAUGUUUUCAGUGCUGUUGCCAGUACCUUUAAUCACUGGGUGUAACUUUUAUAUUGCAUUCGGUCACACGUGAAUAAUGUAUAGACCUGUAUAUGUUCUAGAAACCUUGUAAUAUUCAUGCAUAUUUUUCAUUGUCCUGACUGUAGGCAUCGUGUCUUCACAGCCAUAAAUAUUCAAACCUUUGCAGGUGAUAUAUUCUCAUCUAUGUUUGUGUAUGAGUAAUAUUUCAGUGCAGGGCUCUGCUAAACUUUCCUUCUCUAACCUCCAGUAAGGUUGCUGCAGUUAAACCUCUAAUGCCUCUCUUCACUUCUUAAAGCUAUGAGCUUCUGUUCUCCCUCUACAAGCUAUACCUUUUUAUAUAAAUAUGUAUUUCUGUUUUAGUCAUUUUACAAAAACGUUCUAACAAGGUCAGUGACGUCACAAGAUCUGAAAUUAAUUCAUGCUGCUAGAAAAAUUUAUGUAAUUUUUGUGUUUUUGUCGACGUUAUUUUGAAUCUGUAUCAAAAGAGGCACAUUUUUUCUAUUAAACCAACAAUAAAGAUGUAAAAUGAAAACAA